AAAUAAAGUGAUUAUCCCUUCCAAACCAAACAUUUUCUUCACCAUUACUUUCAACUUUCGACUUUCAAGUGGGCAUACUUUUUGCACGAGAUUAAGUUGCCAACUCCCCCGGAAACGUUAAAUGCCACGCCGCACAAUCUCAUAUUUCCCACGCCGACACCCUGCUCUGUAAUCAUCGACGGCAAUUGGUUUUUCAGAACCCUCGGUUUCCUGAAAACCGCUUUCAAAAGAAUUCCAGGCGUUAAAUGCUCCCGUUCAGAUCUGUCGUUUAUAAGGGCUUGAGCUAAGGCGGAUUUGUUGAACUGCUUGGAGAGACCUCGUUCGAUCUGCUAAGUUAAGAGAAAUCUCUGCUUCAAAGGACAGAACUACCUUUUGCAAAUAGUAGUGACUAUGAGAGUUGAAGGUGAGCGCAACAAGGGGCUGUGAGAGAAAAAGAUUUCUUGGGAAGGUCAAUUUAUGCUAGCAAAACAAAAUUAUAUACCUUAACGAAGGCCUUCCAUUUGACAAUUCUCUGUGAAAGAACACAUUGUCAAGUCCAUGGGAGUCCCUCGUAUGAAUACAUCUAGCUUAUGGAUUGAACAGCGGAGACUGGAUGACAGUGUACAGGCAAAUAUAGACACAGCAUAUAUAGUGGGGGCUGCUAUUUUUUGUGGGCCUUUUCCAGGUUUACUGGCAACUGUCAAAAUUGUACAAUGAUUUUUGGCAGCAGACAAAUGUAAGAUGUCCUUUUUCGGUCCUGCAUCAGUAACUACAUAUUGAGCAAGCAGUAAAACGGAACAUGACAUCAAUGAUGCCAGCUAAGCGGCUGCGUUGCAUACACUCACGUUCAUGCAUUUGCACCAAUGGCCAUCUCAAUGAGACAACAGUUUAUCUGGUAUUUAGGUCUCUGAACUGGAACCCAAAACUUUUAUGUUCCAUAGCUUGUGUUUGCAAAUGGUUUGAAGAUCUUGCAAAGAGGGUACUUUGGAAAGAGUUUUGUUUGUCACGAGCACCAAAAAUGGUUACUGACCUUGCUGGGGUUGGUCACAGUACCAUUGAUGGGAAUUGGAAUGCUCUUGGGAAGCUCAUGUUUUACUGUGCUGGAUGCCACAGUACUAAUAAUGGGUUUCUGUCUAGAUCUAUACCAGGUCACUUCGUAGAUAGGACAAGAUUUUCACAGACUGCUGGCAAGAGUUUUCUUGUUCCACAAUGCAGAACAGAUACACUAUAUGUGACGGAUCCAUGCGAGCAUCUUGACCAAGCAGACGAUGGUGAUGUGGGAUUAUUCCGAGGUGUAUUUAAGGCAUUUUCAAAAUCUAAAACAAGGAGGAUGCUCAUUGAGAAACGAGCCCAACUACAUCCAAAAGAAACUUGCCCUUAUUGCCGGACAAAGGUAUGGAGCUUGCACCAAGAAAAAAUGAUUCCCAAAAGUGCUUUUAGAAGGUUGGAUGCCUAUAGAGAUCAAUUAGAGUGUUUCCUAUGCCUGAAUGGGCACUUGAUUGGCGUCUGCACUUUUCUUCCCCUUUCAGAUUUUGACAGUGCAUCGGAAGGGGAAGAAUGAAGGAUAACCUAGUAUAGGAAAAUGUUCUGUAAUAAUUCUUCCUUCAGCUCUAUUCUACAUUUCCUUGUAUACUCAAAUCAUUAGGAUAAUUUAGAUAUGUGAUUGAUGGUUUUCCUCUA